AUGUUCCACCUCUUCUCCCACUGCUGGUCGUGGCUGCAGGCCAUCCAGGAGCCCAUCAGAAAGGUGACCCUCCUCGUCGUGGGACUGGACAACGCGGGGAAAACCUCCGUCGUCAUGGACAUAGAGAGAGCGCUGGCCGGUGAGGUGCUGCCUGCACCGCAGCCCGGCCAGACCCUCCUGAGGGUGGACAGGUUCGAGGUGACCCUGGUGGACCUGCCCGGUGGCCAGCGCUCCCGCAGCGCCUGGCGCAGCCACUACAGCUCAGCCCACGGGCUCCUCUUCGUCCUGGACUCCAGUGACCUGGCACGGAUGGAGGAGGCCCGCAAGGUCCUGAGCCGCGUCCUGAGCCACCCCGACAUCUCUGGGAAGCCCAUCUUACUUUUGGCCAACAAGCAAGACGUGGGGGCCGCCCUGCUGCCCUGCGAGCUCAUCGAGCGCCUGUCCCUGGAGCGGCUGGUCAACGAGAACCGCUCUCCCUGCCGCAUCGAGCCCUGUGUCGCCCCCGGGGCUCACCCGCAACCCCCGCCGUGCUCUCGCCCCGCCAGGGACCCGCCGCCCCCGGGGGAGGAUGCUCAGGAGGGUGCGGGGAAGACGGGGGAGAACCGGCCCCUGCGGCCCAUCCGCCGCCUCCUCCCCCUGGAGGAAGGCACAAAGGGCCCCGGGAGGAGGAAGAGGAAGGUGAAGGUGAAGAAGAAAGGCUCAGGGCAGCCAAGCCCAGCCGAGGAGCCGGAGGGACCAGGAGAAGUGGGUGACAGCCGAGCUGGGGCUGCUGGGGGGCUGCUGCCCCCCAACAGGGUCGGGCAGGAGGAACCCGCGCCCACCGGGACAGCCACCCCCCACCCAGGGCAGGGCAUGAAAAAGAAAAAGAAGAAGAAAAUCAAGAACAAAAUCAAGUCGCAGGAGCCUGCCAUGGAGCAGCAGCGUGAGGAGGUCUCGAGUACUUUUGACCUGUACCGCCGGGCGAUGCUGGCUCUGAAGAUGAGGCAGGAGCAGAGGAAGCAGCAGUCCGCCAUCGUCCCCUGAGCAGGAAGGCACGUCUCAGGGGAUGUGUGGUCCCAGAGGACCCCAGGAUACCGUGGCAGUAGGACCCACGCUCGUGCAGGGCUCCUGGAGAGCUUGGCCAGGGCUGGGGCAGUCCUGGGGCAUGAACAGCAGCGUUGUCCUCUGCAUGGCUUGAAAGCCAGGGAUCCGCAGGAGCGAGCCAAAAGUCCCUUUGUAAGAUGCCUCUCUGGCAGCCGGGCUACAAACCCAUCUGGAAAGGAAACAGCCGGCCACUUGCCGACCCCGCGUUAGUAUUCUGUGGAAGAUUUGUUCUGAACUCGACUGAGAUGGUGGAAGAGAGGAAGCUUGGAGGAAAUAUCCCAGGGGAAAAGCCUAUAUGUUGACCUGUCCCAUGCCCAGGUGAAGCCGUCUUGACUCGGCCCCUCAGUCAGUCCCUGGCUGCUGCCCGGACCGGUCGAGUUUCCUGCUGGUGAAGGUGGGAGGGCAAUCAUUGAUGAUCUGCAGGGGAGCUUCACCUGGUGGGGCUGUCAGGACCCUCCUCGCACGGUGGAUGGAGGGUGAUGCCUGUGUUGUCUGUGCAUCUUUGCAGCCUGUCAGCAAAGACUUGUGGAGUUCAAUGGCAGAGGUAGUGGUGGAGGCUCCUCCUGGAGCCUGGAGGCUCCUUCCCAGGAGGGGAAUGUUCCUUCUGAUCCUGCCGCCCUCCCAGGAGGGACAGUGGUGACCCACAGGCAGCAAAAAAUGCUCCUGUGUCACUGCCAGCCUGGCACCUGAAGUCCAGGACCGUCCCUGAUCUGUGCUCAGCUCAGCUCUGAGACGGGAGAGCAAGCAGCACUCGUAUCCCAACACACAGAAUCAUAGAAUAAUAGCAUCAUAGAAUGGUUUGGGUUGGAAGGGACCUUAAAGACCAUCCAGUCCAACUCCCUGCCCUGGGCAGGGACACCUCCCACCACACCAGGUUGGUCAAAGCCCCAUCCAGCCUGGCCUUGAACCCCUCCAGGGAUGGGGCAUUGCAACCCAUCCAUGACACGCACCGUGUCUGGCAGAGGUGGGCUGUGGCAGCAACCAGGCCAUGCUGGGGGGUUCACGCUGUCCAGGUGGGUGCCCAUGCAGGGAAAACAGCCAUUGGCCCUGGAAACCCUUCACGUGGAGUCCGGAGUGUGGCACUUUUCCCUCCACAGCUGUAACAGCGCUGAGACUUGAGCUGUGCCCAGCCGCGGAGCGUGAGUCACCUUGGCUCCCCCAAUUACUGAUUAACAGGCCAGGCUUUCCCACUCCUGGGUGGGGGACAAUCAAAAAAGCCCUUGGCAGGGCUGAGAGGGAAAAGAAGAGAAACUCUGCCUACCCUGCCGUGCCAGGCUGCUGUAAA